UAACGUGGACACAGAGAAAUUGUGUGAUUAUUUCUCGGCAUAUCUCGGAGAAUACAGGAAUGUGCUUUCUGCCCUGGAAGCCCUCAACUCUGCAGUCCUGGUGGCCAUGGACAAAACCAAGCUGAGGUACGAGACCUCCUCGAAGAUGGAGCAGUUCCUGACCCGUUUCCUGCUGCGGGAAACCAUGCACCAGCUGCAGUCGCUGCAGACCUCGCUCGAGUGUGCUGUGGACACCGUGGAGGAGCAGGCAGGACGGGAGAGAAAGGACAUAAAGAAAUCUGAGACCUCAGUUGGCCUGAGGUCAGGGAGACGAUGUGGGCGCAGAGGACAGAAGAACGUCUGUCUGUCUCCGACGGACCCCUAUUCUGGGAUGCUAACGACAGGCAUUUGUGUUGAAGACAACAGCCAGUGGAUGGCACAGAUCAAUAGGCUCCAGCAGCUCAUCGAGAAACUGGAGUGCAAGAGCCCACGCCUGGAGCCGCUGAAGGAUGAAGCGAUGUGCAAAGGAAGAGAUGCACACAUCCUGGUGGCGAAACGACAGAUCUCGGUGGCAGCAAGCAGCAUUGAGGAGUUUCGCCAGGCAUUCAGGUCCUACACAGAGGUCACCGCCGGGCAGAGCAGCUGCCUGCACGUGUCCGCCUGCAAGCUGACAGACGAGGCCUGCUUCAUCCUUUAUGAGUUCUGGGAGGACGUGACUUCGUGGCGGAGCCACUUGCAGUCCAGCUGCAGCAAGACUUUCCAGCGCUCCAUCAUCAGCCUGCUGGAGUCCCCGGAGCUGCUGACCACCAUGCUCUUCCCAGCAUCCUGGUGGAUCAUGAACAACAACUGA